AUGUCACAAGGACAAGGACAAACACCACUGCGAAAACCUCCUGGUUACAGGGAUCCUUCAAUCCCAAUUCAGAAGCCGAGGCCGCAGCCGCUGCCACGAAAAGCCGUCACCCUGCCACCGUCAUUUUACCAAAAGAAGCGGCGGAGCUGGUGCCGGACAUGCUGUUGCUGCACCUGCAUUGUCCUCUUUCUGUUACUCAUCUUGAUCAUUGUUUCUGGUGCCCUUUUUUACAUCUGGUUUGAUCCAAAGCUGCCUGUUGUCCACCUCAAAACCUUCAAAUUCACCAAAUUCCACGUAAGGCAUACCGAUGCAGGACCUGCGUUGGAUGCGCAGUCAAAUCUCAACAUGGAGAUAAAGAACCCCAACAAAAACUUUGAGUUGGAGUAUGAUAAGACACGGGCGGUUUUGAAUGCUAAAAAUGGUGCCAAUUUGGGGGAACAAACUUUGCCUGGAUUCACACAAAAGAAAAACAAUGUGAAAACUUUGAAGUUCACAAUCAAGGCAAGUGAGGAACUUUUGGCCAAAAAAGAUGCUGAUAAGAUAAUAAAUGGAUUCAAGAACAAGAAUUUGGUGAUGAGUAUAGAAGUGAGGACUGGAAUGGGAUUGAAGGGGAAUGGAUGGAAAACUGGGACAAUUCAAGCGAAUGUGAUUUGUGCUGGCAUAACAUUGAAUCAGAUUCAGAAUGGUGCUAUGCCCAAAUGCCGCAUUAAGUUGUUCGACUGGGUAUAUGUAAACUGA